AUGUGGGAGUGCAACUAUUCGACGUAGCGGUCCGUCAUGACGUCACACGCUGCCUUUCACAGAUCGGGACUGGACGACAAAAAACUAUCCUGGAGACAGACACCCCUUCAGUAUCAGCACCACCAGUCGGAUCCAAGAGGUCCAGUCAUGGGAAACUGCCAGCCCACCAUCGUGCCCUAUGAGGAUUUUGACGUCCUCGCUGACAUUAAGGCCAUCCGCAAAGCCUGCAAAGGACUGGGAACCGACGAGCAAGCCAUCAUCGACAUCCUGGCCAACCGCAGCUCAGAUCAGCGUCAGGAAAUCAAGCAGGCGUAUUAUGACAAGUAUGACGACGAGCUGGUAGAUGUGCUGAAGAGCGAGCUGUCGGGCAACUUCGAGAAGGCCAUCCUGGCCAUGCUGGACCCGCCCGUCGUUUACGCCGUCAAGGAGCUGAGGAGGGCCAUGAAGGGGGCGGGCACAGACGAGGACGUGCUGGUGGAGAUCCUCUGCACUGCCACCAACGCGGACAUCGCCAUGUUCAAGGAAUGCUACUUUCAAGUGCACGAGCGUGACCUGGACGCAGACAUCGAGGGCGACACGAGUGGCGACGUCCGAAACCUGCUCAUGGCUCUUCUGCAGGGCGACAGAGACGAAAGCUACGAGGUGGACGAGGGUCUGGCGGAGCAGGACGCCACCUGUCUCUUUGAGGCUGGCGAGGGCCGAUUUGGGACAGACGAGUCCACCUUCAGCUACAUCCUGGCCUCCAGGAACUACCUGCAGCUCCAGGCCACCUUCAAGAUGUACGAGCAGUUGUCCGGCACCGAAAUUCUGGACGCCAUCGAGAGCGAGACUUCAGGCACCUUAAAGAGAUGCUACGUCGCUCUCGUGAGAGUCGCCAAGAACCCGCAGCUGUACUUCGCCAGACGUCUUAAUGACGCCAUGAAGGGGGCGGGGACUGACGAGGACACGCUCAUUCGCAUCAUUGUGGUCCGCUCUGAGUAUGACCUGGAGACCAUCAAAGACUUGUACCUGGAGAAGUACGACGUGUCCCUGAAGGACGCGCUGAAGGACGAGUGCAGCGGCGACUUCAAGCGCCUCCUACUGGCCAUCUGCCACUGAGGACGCUUCGCCGCCACACGCUGUGUGACGUUCGGUUAAAUUGUUGUGUUCUUCUUUUUAACCCCUGACACUGACACUGAAAAUAUGUAGCUACUAACCAACUGAUCCCACGUCAGUUUUUUAACCGUUUAAGGGAGCCAGGUGGAGUGUUUAAGGACUGAACAGACGGGCUCAGUGCUGCGUAAACGUACUGUGAGGGAGUUAAAAGGGCAUGGAUGUAUGAGCGAAUUGGAUGCAGCACAAUAAAAACCACUCACAGCUCCGACUACCGCCAGUUUGACAAAGGUUCAAGGUCACUUCUUUCUUCUUUUGUUGACUUCUAUGCAUCAUCUGAAGCCGAAUGUCCUUCCUCUGUGCUCCAUCCAUGACCUUUUUUGCAUACUACUGCAACAUACACUGAUCUAGCACUGUGUUCAUCUUAUUUGGCUGCUGCUUCUGCAUCAAAAAGUCACCUAUUAUUGUUCUAUUUUUGCCCUCCGCUCUCAUUGAUUGUGAACAGUAACGCGAUCACUCCUUGUGACUUGAAGGAGCUCAAAUGUUGCCGCACAUCCCAGUUUCUCCAGUUGUCAUUCAAGCCAAGGUACAAGGUACAUGACAAACUGCCACUUAAGCAGCAAAUUAACCUGAUAAUAUAAUUUAAAAAAAAAACUGGAGAAACUGGAGAUUUAUUUAACAUUGGGCCAGUCCUGUAAGUGCUUGAAAACAAACAUGAGUGUUUUCUUUCAUGGUUUGGAUAUGCAAAGUUAAGUGAACUUAAUUUAUAUGUAUUGAUUUACAGAAUUUUGUUUUCCUGUUCAAUAACACAUCUAGAAACACUUGACAAACACAAGUACACCUCACUUUAUACUAUAUUUUUUAUAUUCUAUGACUAACAGCUAGAGUAUUAAAGUAAUCAUGUUAUUAAGACUAUAUGAAGAAUAUAGGCCAGCUCAUUGUGUAACAUUUGAACAUGUAUGUGUCUGUGGCAGCUGUGGUGUGUUCAAAUACAACUCAUGUAAUUAUGUGAUGAUCAUAUCAACAGUGACAUGAGCUUAGAAUCCAAAUAUUGUAUGCCUUUAUAUAGCCAAGCAAAUCUAGCAGAAAAUAAAAGUUAUCGCUCACCGA